AUGAGCUCGUUCCGUCUUCGUAUUGCCAACGCGCGCCAGAUCGUUCAAGUUUGUGCGAACGGCGAGCCGUUUAAGACCGGCGCGGCCCAAAAGGAUCUGGCUGUGCUCGAGAAUGCGUCACUUGUCGUGGACAAGGCAGGUAAGAUCGCCUUCGUUGGUCCUGCCGCUGACGUAGAGAAGUGGCUGAGCACGCAGCUGCAGCCCGUGAGCUUUGAGAAGGACGUGGACGCUCGUGACAUGGUCGUACUGCCGGGUUUUGUGGAUGCGCACACGCACCCAGUGUGGAGCGGCAACCGUGUCAACGAGUUUGCCAUGAAGCUGGCUGGCGCUACCUACAUGGAAGUUCACGAGAGCGGCGGCGGCAUCAACAACACGGUGCGUCACACCAAGAAGAGUUCAGAAACUGAGCUGUUGGAGCUGCUGCGUACGCGACUAGACCGCAUGUUGCGUAGCGGUACGACGCUUAUCGAAGCGAAGAGCGGAUACGGUCUCGAGACUGACACUGAGCUCAAGAUGCUGCGUGUUUUACACUCCGCAUCGACGGGUGACAACGCACACCCUGUGGAGAUCGUGUCCAACUACCUGGGUGGUCACUCGGUUCCUGACGGCAUGACUGCUGCUGAGGCCACGGAGGAUAUCAUCACGAAGCAGAUUCCUGCUCUUGUGCAGGCCAAGAAGGACGGCACCAUCUCGCCCGAAUUCAUCGACGUGUUCUGCGAGAAGGGUGUGUUCGAGCACAACGACUCUCACCGUAUUCUAGAGGCAGGCAAGAAGGCGGGAUUGGACAUUAACUUCCACGGUGAUGAGAUGUGUCCGAUGCAGUCCGGUACCUUGGCGGCAACUCUGGGCGCCCGUGCAAUCUCGCACUGUGAGAUGCUGACUGCUGAGGAUCUUCAGGCUAUGGCAGCGCACAAGCCAGAGCCUGUAUUCGCCGUGCUUCUGCCUACUACCAAGUAUAUCCUGAAGCUGCCCAAUCCGCCAGCACGCGACAUGAUCGCUGCCGGUGUUCCUGUUGCUCUGGGCAGUGACUACAACCCGAACGCUCAUUGCCUUUCCAUGGCACUGACCAUGAACAUGGCAUGUGUGCUGUUCGGUAUGACCAUGAAGGAGGCUCUUGUAGGCGCCACCAUCAACGCCGCUGCCUCCAUCAACCGGUCGGCUACUCACGGCAGUCUCGAGGUCGGCAAGCAGGGCGACUUGGUCCUGAUGCGUGCUACGCAGUGGGAGCAGAUCAUCUACGAAAUGGGCGACCCUCCUAUUGAACACGUAGUGAAGAAGGGAGUUGUCUACACGAAGUAG